AUGUCCACCACCGACACCGCCCCGGCCGAAAUCCCCUCCCAACAACAACCCAUCGCCGACCUCCCCUCAGGCGACCCAAUCCCCUCCCCCUCCAAACCGUUGACCACCCCCCCCAACACCCUCCCCCUAACCACCCUCCUCGCCAACCUCCCCUCCUCCACAAACUUGUUCCUCUCCCGCCUCGAGAAAUGCAUGUCCACCCCCUCAGGGAUCGACACAGUGAUGCUGUUGCUAUGCUACACCUCCAAACUCGCCGCCUCAGUCCUCACCUCUGGUCACAUAACCACCCUCCUCUCCAAAACCUCCCAACCCAUCGCCCGCAAAACCCUCGCCACCCUCCUCGCCAAACGUCUCAACAACCUCUCGGCGUUGAUGUCCGAGUCAAGGGUUAUCCUCCGCCUCUGGGCGCUAUUGGGGAUCUACUCCUGGGGCCGCUCCAUCGUCUCCUCCCCCACGACAUCCAUCACCGCCAAAACGCUGGAUUAUAUCCGGCUUGUCCUCUGUGUUUUGCUUCAGGGG